GUUCUGAAAUAGUUGCUGCAACACCUUCCCUCUUCAGAAAGUCAUUUGAAGCAGUUCUACAAUCAACCAACCAUGUCAAUGAUCAGUGGGGAUAAAUCAUCUACAGAGAUACUAAGUUUGAAAAGCUCGGAUAAUGAAAUCUUUGAAGUGAAGAAAGAAGUGGUGCUUGAGUCAAUCACCUUAAAGGCUAUGGUAGAAGAGGAUGAGUUUUCAGAUGCUCUUAUCCCUCUUCCUAAUGUGGAAGGAAAGAUACUAUCAAAAAUAAUCCAUUACUGCCAAAAGCAUAUCGAAGCUCGAGCUAAAGUUAAUGGGAGUGAAGGGGCUGCUGAUAGUAAAGAGAUUAAGGAUUUCGAUUCUGAAUUUAUUAAUGUUGAUGAUAAAACCCUAGUCGGUAUCAUCUUAGCAGCUAACUACUUGAACAUUAAAGAUCUGUUGGAUUUAGGCUGUCAAAAAGUAGCUGAUAACAUCAAAGAGAAGUCUGUAGAAGAAGUUCGUAAAACCUUCAACAUCAAGAAUGACUUCACACCUGAGGAGGAGAAAGCAGUUCGUGAAGAGAACUUGUGGGCUUUUGAUUAG